AUGCCGGGCGCCUUUGUCUUUGACCUCGACUACACGCUGUGGCCGGCUUGGGUGGACACGCAUGUCGACCCGCCGCUGAAGCGUGCUCCCGGCGAGGCGAUCAACCGAGUGGUCGACCGGAAUGGCCAGUCGCUCUCCUUCUACCCGCACGUCCCGACGAUCCUGCUGCACCUCUCGCGCAGCUCGAUUCCCAUCUGCGCAGCCUCACGCACCUCGGCGCCCAACGCGGCGCGGCAGGCGCUCAACGGCCUGUAUCUGCACGACCCGGCACCAACAGCACAAGAUCAGCCGGGCCACUCCCCACGACGGGGCGACAAGAGCAAUGAGCGCCUUGUCAAGGCGAUCAGUGAGUGCGCUGCUGUUCUGGCCGUGCGUGAGCUGACAGGCGCCGCGGCAGGCCUCUUCGACUACAUGGAGAUCUACCCUGGCUCGAAGAUCACGCACUUCAAGCGCCUUGCCGCCGACACAGGUGUCGCAUGCGAAGAUAUGAUCUUCUUCGACGACGAGCACCGCAACAUCGAGGUCGAGACGAAGCUGGGCGUGCACUUUGUCGACGUCUCGCGCAACGGCCUCGACCUGGCGGCGUUUGAGCACGGCGUGCGCGGCUGGCGCGCCAAGCAGGCAGCACGCUCAGGUGCACCACGGGAACAGCUCUAGGACGGG